UUCAUUUACUGCUGUGUAUUAUAACAAUACACAAGUUGUUUAAAAGGAAGUUUAAUUCUAUACAAUCAUGGGACAAUGGUUAAUUGCUUUGUGUAGUUUUAUUUCUGGGUAUAAAAUACAAAGUGAUGUACACGUGUUAAAUCAUUUAUUAUAUACGUAUAUACGUAAGCUGAGUAUACAGUGAUAUAAAUGGAAGUUAUAUAACGAAGAAUACCGAUAUGCUGUCAAAUAAAUAUAAACUGGCUUUAUUUGAAUGGAACCAAUCAUAAAGUUUAAAAAUAAAAAUACAUUUUUUCGGACAUAUAGGAGUAGUAUGAGGUUACAAUAUACAUCUACUGAUCGUUGUUAUUAAAACAAGCUUGAAAUGGUAUACACAUAAACACUCAAAUACGACAACUAAAAACUUACAAAAAAGUCGAAAGCGAAAGAGGAAGUGACACGAAAUAACGUUAAUCCGUAUCAUCAUCAUCAGUUAUUUUAUAUUUCUUCCUGAACAAUCACUGAUCUACGAUUUAGAAAUGGCGGCCGUCAUGGGACGGACAGAGGUGGGGAUAAAGAGAAUAGGCGGAAGUGUUGUAAUAGCCAACAAUCCUCGAGCCAAACUUAUGUACUAUUUAGACUGCAUUUGUUCGGUGUUAGACCUAAGUGAUACUGACAAUCUGGCACGGUUACGAAACUAUAAACAGUAUUUUUCUCUAAGUGAAGCGGAAACAGACACUCUUGUUACAUUUUGUGUACUUCUGUCACCAGAUGAACUUUGUGGAAAAGUAAUUUUUCAGGAUAUUGAAAUGUGUGGGAACAGCAGCAAUCGAUUCUACGAAAUAAGCAUGGUACACAAGAACCUCCUUGUCGCAGACUCUGUUAUCAUCGGUGGCCGAAGUCGAGCCGUUUCCAAGAUAAUGGCGUUUAAACCUGAUUGGCUUGUAAAAUAUUGGAGAGACCCUAUGGUUUACUUUGCACCUAGACUUGCAAGAAUCACGGGAUUGAGGUCAGGUAGAAGACAACGAGUUGGCGAGUACACCCCAUUGAUAACACCAGGAUACGGUGUCAGUAACAGGAGCAGUAACAGUGGUUGUUGUUGUAUAAUUUUGUAACAGGAGUAUAUUAGGAGCAUACAAUAACAUUCUGAAAAAUAACUAUUUAUAGUACUCUUUUGUUUGCUGCCAAUAAAAAAAGAUUUGUUGGUUAAAAUUUGUAAUUAAUGAUA